UUUUGAGCAUUUAAUUACAUUUAAAGCAAUGCUUUGUCAAUUUAAGUUUAUAUUAAUAGUUUGUUUAAUUGCCACGCUGCUUUUUAGUGGGGCUAACUGUAAUACAUCGCCCUUUAUAGACAUUGAAAUGGAUGAAGCCGGCAUGCAUAGAAAACUUAAGUACCAAGUGCAGUUUCCUGAUUCAAUUGUUAACAUGAAUUGUGAAUAUGUGAUCUUGCAACCGCUGCCAGCUGCAGUUUUCAUAAGCACCGAUGAGCUGGAUGACUUGCAACGCUUGAAGAUGCUUAAUGCAAUCUAUCCGAAAUUCGUAGACAUUGAAAUAAUCACAGAAAAGGCAAAACCUUUCACAGUAUUACUUCAGGGAACAGUGAAGACAGAGGAAACUUUAACAUUGCCCAUACACUUUCGUUAUCAUGCAGCCAGCGAUAAAGAACAUCAUAGUUCCAUAGCCACUGUGAAAAUAAGCACACCUGAACUUUAUCUAAACUGCCCAAUUGGCAUUGACACUGAGAUACCGAUCAGACCAGAUAAGCUGCAUUGCCUAAAUAAACACGAAAUUAAUCUUGAAGAGCACCACAAUCAGCACUUGAAGGCGGACUUGGACUGCAACUGGCAGCGGGUUCACGUGGACUAUCAACUGAAGUCACCGCUUCUGGCGAAGAUUCCCGUGGGCAAUGCCAAGGCCUAUACGCCGGUUCUAUAUGCAACAAUCAUACUCAGUUGGACUGUGUCCAUUUGGACGGUGUUGCAUACUCAGUCGGUACCACGCCGCAUUAAUAGAGAAUUAAAUAAGCUAAAGCCAAACUGACACAAUUCUAUGUUAUAAGAUCUCGCACUGUAAAAUCUGAGUCAGACUGUGAAUUUUAUGUUUGUAAAUAACUAUUAUCUCGACUCGUGCAGCAGAUAAACCCGGCAAAUAUUUAACUAGACGACACGACCAAUAAAUGCCUCAAAUCACUGAUUCCAAGGACCAUGUGGUAAUCAGUUUCUGUGAAAUGAUAA